ACACCAAAUUAAAAUAAUUAUUUAAAUAAAACUUAAGACACUAUUUGAGAGGUGAUUUGAGUCCAAUUUGGAUUUUGGAAUUAGGGUUAAUGAAUUAGGAUUGGUCAUUCUGGUUUAAUAAUAAUAAUAAUAAUAAUGAUAAUAAGAGAGGAAACACAUCAGAGAUAGAGAUAUUCCCAUUCCAUGGACUCUCUACUAGCCAACUAUGCUUCUUCAGAUGAUGAAGAAGAAGAUCAACCACAACCACAGUCACCUCCAAACCCAUCCUCCUUUUCCAACGCCUCAUCACUUUUCUCUUCCCUCCCUAAACCCAAACCCAAACCCGAAUCCUCUACUUCAUCUGGAGAUUCGAGAACCAUUCCCAAAUCCACUGCCACUGUUUCAAACACCUCGUCUCUCUUCUCCGCUCUUCCUCAACCUAAACCCACCUCGAAUCUUUCUUCUUCGCAGCCUAAUGCCAAAAGGGUUGUCCAAUUUAAGCCUCCAAUCAAUCCCUUCUUGAGCGGAAUCGAUGAAGAAGAUGAUAACGAGGAAGAGCUUGCGAAGAAACGAAGGCAAAGAAAAGAACCCGAAUCUUCAUCCGAAACCUCUUGGGGGAGGUCCUUACUGUCGACUAUGCCGGCCGCUAAGAACUCCGUUACCUUGGGUGCCCUUCCAUCUUCUGGUUCGGGACGCAGAGCCAUUGUUGAAACGGAGGUCUCUGCUUCGGCUUCGAAUUCAGGUGUGUCUAGAACUGAAAAGGAAUCGUGUAUCGAUACAAGUUAUGUGAAUCAUGAUAAUUUAGGGAAUUACCAAAUGGGUGUUGAUCAAAAUAGUGGGAAUUAUGCGCAUCAAUAUGGUUAUGAAAAUUACGGGCAGGGUGCUGACCAGAAUGCAGGUUACUAUGAGAGUUACAAUUCGGGUUUUGAUCAAAACGCGGGUGUUCAACAUGAUGGUUAUGAGAGCUAUGGUGAUUAUACUCAAUAUCCAAACAAUUGGGUUGAUAAAUCGUCUGCUGCAGUUGGGGUACCGGAACCGGAGAUUUCAGACGUGAGUUUUAGUAAUUUUAGAAGUGGAAAGAGAGGAAGGAAUGAGAUUCCUACAGAUAUAAUUGAGGUGAAGCAAGAUGAUUUGAUCAAGGACCGACCCAGGGAGGACCAGGUCAAGUUAACUGGAAUAGCUUUUGGCCCUUCUUACCAGCCGGUUUCAACCAAGGGGAAGCCAACGAAACUGCAUAAGAGGAAGCAUCAGAUUGGUUCAUUAUAUUUUGAUAUGAAGCAGAAAGAAAUGGAGCUAUCCGAACGGCGUUCUAAAGGACUCCUCACAAAAGCUGAAACACAUGCCAAGUAUGGUUGGUGACUAACAUUUGUUAAUGUUCAAAUGUUGUAUUCAAUAUGUCAAGAAAUAAUCGUCAUAGUAUCAUCAUUAGUUUCUUUUUCACUGCUGAUUUCAAGAAACUCGACCAUUCUGCGCCUUGUUUGUUAUUUGUAAGUUAGAAAUGGUGGUCUAAAACUGGCCAUUUCAUGAUAUUAAGUUCUUUUAGUGCAAAAAUACCAAUUGUUCUGACCA